AUGUCGAAAGUAGAAGCCAAGAGUGAUUGCAGCGGUGGCGUGGUUGAAGAAGACGGCGGGGCCCAGUUUCAGUCCUACUUGAACAACGACGGCAUUGACCAGUUGACUCCGCAAGAGAGAAAACACCGCGUUUCCUCGUUGUCCUUGAGUGAUUUGAACCAGUGGCAAAACGGGCUCACCAAGUUGAGCUCGUCGGCGUCGUUGAGCAAAAACGGCGGCGGCAGCAGCAAUAGCAACUUGUCCUCGGCCAAUUUGAAAAAAGUGGACUCCUUGGCCAAGUUGUCAAGAAACUCGUCGAUCAUCAAGAGGAAGAAGAAACUGGUGAUUGACCACGAAAGAGUUGCUUCCUAUGCCUUUUGCUUUGAUAUCGACGGUGUCAUUUUGAGGGGGCCAAACACUAUUCCUCAAGCAGUUGAAGCCAUCCGGAUGUUGAAUGGCGCCAACAAGUACAAUAUCAAAGUUCCCUCGAUUUACGUCACCAACGGUGGCGGUAAACCCGAACAGCAGCGUGCCGACGACUUGAGUAAGCGCUUAAAUACUCACAUCACCAAGGAACAAAUUAUACAGGGCCACACCCCCAUGAGGGACUUGGUUGGCGUUUACAAGAAUGUCUUGGUUGUUGGUGGUGUCGGCAAUGUUUGCCGUAAUGUUGCAGAAUCGUAUGGUUUCAAGAAUGUUUACACUCCCUUGGAUAUCAUGAAGUGGAACUCGGCCGUUUCGCCCUAUCAUGACUUGACCGAGGAGGAACACACAUGCACUAGAGAAGUUGACUUUAGCAAGACUCCAAUUGACGCGAUUAUGGUGUUUGCCGACUCGAGAAACUGGGCUGCCGACCAGCAAAUAAUUUUGGAGUUGCUCUUGUCCAAGAAUGGCGUGAUGGGUACCCAAUCAAAGACAUUUGAUGAAGGACCUCAAAUCUAUUUUGCCCACUCGGAUUUCAUUUGGGCGACAAACUAUAAAUUGUCGCGUUACGGAAUGGGCGCGUUGCAAGUUUCCAUUGCCGCUUUGUACAGAGAACACACGGGUAAAGAGUUGAAGGUUAAUCGAUUUGGUAAGCCUCAACAUGGAACCUUUAAAUUUGCCAACAAGGUGUUGAGCCAUUGGAGACAAGGCGUCUUGGAUGACCAUUUGAAGAAAUUGAGCAUUAAUGACCCCGAUGCCAAGAAUGCCGAUAUCUUGAUCAAUGAAGAUGGAGAAGAAAUCAUCAAUCAGGAGAAAUUGGAGUCUUAUUCCUUUUCCGAUAGCGAAGACGAAGACGAAGACGACGAGAAGGACGAAGAAGAGUUGGAAAAGGAAAUCACCGUGGGCAAACAAAAGGCCAAGGCUGAUCUCGAGAAGCACAUUGGUAAAGUUGCCGAAGUCGGUACCCCCGAUAAAAUCACCUUGCAAUUGCCACCCGCCUCUACCGUUUACUUUGUUGGCGACACCCCCGAGUCCGACAUCAGAUUUGCCAACUCGCACGAUGCCUCUUGGUACUCGAUCUUGGUGAAGACGGGCGUUUACCAAGAGGGCACCGAGCCCAAAUACAAGCCCAAGUACUUGUGCAACGAUGUGUUGGAAGCCGUCAAGCAUGCAAUCGAAAGAGAACACCAGUUUGAGUUGGCGGAGUGGAAUGAAACUGCUACCGAGGAAGACGAGUCGAGCUCCAAUGAUCGUGGAUCUAGAUUGAACUUUGCUGAUUUGGUCAUGACUCCUAGCGACAAGAAGAAGACUGAGGACGAGAACAAGAAUUUGGACAAAAAAGAGGAAACCACAGCACCUUCGAAGAGCAUUGAAGAGUCUGAAGAGCUUGAGAUCCCCGACGUGUUGGCUGCUCAAAUUAACAAGGUUAAAGAUGUUGGUAAAUAG